AUGCCUUUCAGAUUUCCCCCUUUUCUCAGCACAUAUCGGUUCUGGAUCGCAUCCUCACUACUGUCAUCGAUUCUGCUGGUCAGAUAUGCCCCCGGAUACUCCAUUCUGCAAUCCUACACAUGGACAGCCUUGGUAGCAUAUCUCCUGUGCUGGGUGGUCUACGGGACGUACACUGUUCUCAUAUACCCUCAUUUCGUCAGCCCUCUACGCCACGUCCCCACUGUCCCAGGCGGCUCGCUCUUCCACGGCCAGUGGUUUACUCUGAUCAAAGAACCGUCCGGGGCCCCCCUUCGACGAUGGGCCAACGAGAUUCCCAACGACGGGCUACUUCGAUAUUUCCAUCUCUUCAACCGCGAGCGGCUCAUGAUCACCAGCCCCAAGGCGCUCGCCGAAGUGUUGACCACGAAGAACUACGACUUCAUCAAACCCGAACUCGUCCGCGCUGGCCUCUCCCAGGUUCUUGGAGUCGGCAUCCUCCUCGCCGAGGGCGAGGAGCACAAAGCGCAGCGCAAAAACCUCGCGCCGGCAUUCCACUUCCGACACAUCAAAGAACUGUACCCCAUGUUUUGGACCAAAGGCAUGGAAAUGGCGGACUGCAUCCAAGCCGAGCUGAAGCCGGCCGUUGAGGCCGACUCCGAGCCAUCCAUCGAGAUCGGCGAAUGGUGCAGCCGCGCGACGCUCGACAUCAUCGGCAUUGCCGGGAUGGGACAAGAGUUCCAUGCCCUGGAGGACCCGUCGAAUGAGCUGAACCGCGUCUACCGGGCCGCGUUCCAGCCCGACCGCACCGCGCAGGUUCUGGCGCUCCUCCACUUCCUCCUGCCGCGCUUCAUCGUGCGCAACCUGCCGCUGGCACGCAAUCGGACAGUCCAGGCGGCGGCCAAGGUUGCGCGCGACACAUCGCGGCAGUUGGUCGCGCAGAAGAAGGCCCAACUGGCCAACAAAGAGCCCACGCAGCCAGAUAUUACUUCCGUGGCCCUCGAGUCCGGCGGCUUCACGGACGAAGAGCUGGUCGACAACAUGAUGACCUUUUUGGCCGCGGGCCACGAAACCACCGCCUCGGCAUUCACCUGGGCGGUCUACAUGCUGUGCCAACAUCCAGAGAUCCAGACACGCCUCAGGCAGGAGAUCCACGAACACAUACCCUCGGCGAGGGAGAACCCUGGUCGUGGUCCACCAGAUCAUCAGGCUGCCAUCACCCACGAUGUCAUCGACAACAUGCCCUUCCUGCACGCCGUGUGUCAGGAGACACUGCGUCUCUGGUCGCCCGUGCCUCUCACGCUGCGCUAUACCGCCGUCGACACCACCAUCCUCGGCCAGUUCGUGCCCCGGGGCACCAUGAUCAUUCUGUCGCCGUGGGCGGUCAACAACAACUUCAAGCUCUGGGGUCCUGAUGCCGACAAGUUCAACCCGGACCGCUGGAUGGCGCCUGGCCAGGCUAAUGCCGGCGGCGCCGUCAGCAAUUAUGCCUUUCUCACCUUCUUGCAUGGCCCGAGGAGCUGUAUCGGUAUGAAGUUCGCGCAGGCCGAGUUCGCGUGUCUACUCGCGGCGUUUGUGGGCUCGUUCGAGAUCAAGAUGGCCGAUCCUGAUGAGGUGAUUGACAUUAAAGGCGGCGUCACCGCCAGGCCGAAAAAUGGCCUUCGGGUUGUGCUGAAGAGCGUGCCGUGGGGGUCGGGGAGCUGA